GCUCAGGGGCCGGGAGUUCGCGGGAAACCGGUUGUAGUCGGGAAACAAUCUUUAUUGCGCUCGUGAUUUUAAUAACUACAUACAUUGAUAAAUAUGUGUGUCAUUGAUUAAUCUAUUAUGCACCAUUCCGAUUAAAAACGAAGCGGUGACAUAGCCUUAAAACGUCGCUGCCCGCUAAGUGCUAUGCUAACAUUGAACGCUAGUUAGCAAGGUUGUCACAUUGGCUAGCAGGGACGCUGUGCUUCAUGCUACGGCGCAGAUACAGCUGCUUAUUAAAAAAAAAGAGACAAAGGGGCUCAGACUGUCAGCCAGGAAAUAGACUGUUAAAAUGAGCAUGUUCAAUUUAGACCGUUUUCGUUUCGAUAAGAAAGCAACGACGACAACGAACAAACACGAGGAGAGCGGGUCCAAAAGUCCCGAGUCUGAGAAGGAGAAUAAGCCAGCUCAGAUGAAACCAGUCAAAGGCCCACCAAAGUCCCAUGCCCGAGGAGUGGUUUUUGAAGAAGUCAUUACAAUUGACUUGGAGGAGGAUGAGCCAAAAACCAAAUUAUCAUUAACAAGGAAAUCCAAGGACCCUGUUGCGAAAUCAUCUAAAACAGAUCAUACAGAUGAUGAAGACAAUGAGCUGGAGGAAAAAGUGAACAGACUACAAGAGAUGUUUCCUCAGUUGAAGAGGAAAGAGCUACUGGAGGUCAUUACAAGUACGAGCACAAUGGAGGGGGCUGUAGCUGCAUGCUUGUUGCAGUUUGGUGAUCAAGAAGACCAAAGCAGAAAGAGAAAGCCGGAUGGAUCCAGCAGUUCUCAGGACAGUGACCUGAUUCAACCCAGCAAAAAGAGAAGACCAUCAGUGAAUACCAAUUCUGAUGAAGAAGAGGAUGAUGGGGAAGAACCAAGCUGGGAGAAGCAGGAGGUGAUGGUCCGAAGACUGCAGAAAAAGUUUCCUGACCAGGACAAAGAGGAGCUGCGGAUGGUGCUGCAGGAACACGACUGGAAUGUCGAGGAUGCUCUGCAAGUUCUACAAAUGUUCUCAGAUCCAGAUAAUACUAGCUUCAGCUCACCUGAGUCAGAAGAGAAGAAAUCCAGCAAAUCAAAGAGCAAAGACAAGUCAGAUGGGGGCCACAGAAAGUCGAAGCGCCACAAAGAUCACGGAGACAGUAAAAUCAACAGAGAUCAUAAAGGCUCCAAACAUCACACGAAUGUCAGUGAAUCAGAUGGGGACAGUACAGAUGCCACAAGGGACAGUGAGGACACAGACUCAGAUGACAGCGACAGGGCCAAAAGCAAAAAUAGCACGUCCACCCUGAAUACAUGGCUUAAAAAAAGUUCUGAUUCAGUGUCUUCAUCCUCCUUUGUGAAGAAAACAACUACCUCUUCCUCCCAGAAGCCGUCCUCAUCCUCUUCCUCCUCUGUUGCCCAGACAUUGUCCAAAUUUGCCAGCGGGACAAGUAUAGCCAAGAAGGAGGCAGCAGAGAGAAAGAGGAAAGCACGAGCCUCAGAUGAACAUGUCAGCUCUGAGGGGGAAAAUGAUGAUGAGGAGGAGACAGUUAGUGACAGUGAAUUUGAGGAUUCGGAUGAAGAGCUGGACUCUAGAGGUGGCAUGACAGAAAUGAAGAAAGAGAUCCUCACAUUCUUCCAGGAGGCAUCAAUAGAUGAGCUGUCACUCAUUUCUGGGUGCUCUGUUAAAAAAGCACAGAAGAUUGUGGAACUGAGACCCUAUAAUGAAUGGCAAAGCCUGAUCGAUAUCUUGAUUAAAAACCAUGGACUGUCAGAGGAUUUAUUGCUGGGCUGCAGAGUUGUCCUCAGAGAGCGCAAGGUUGUCCUGGGGCUCAUGUCAAAAUGUGAGACCAUUUCUUCGAAAAUGAUCAAGAAGGUCACUGAGGUUAUGAAAAAGGGCACAGGGGCCACGAAACAACCCAGUGUCCUCAACAGCCAAUUUCAGCUGAAACCCUAUCAAAUGAUUGGCCUAAAGUGGUUGCUUCUCCUGCAUGAUCAGAACCUGAGUGGUAUCCUGGCCGAUGAAAUGGGUUUGGGAAAAACAAUCCAAGCUAUUGCGUUCCUGGCCCAGUUGUACGAGGAUGGAAUAGAUGGUCCUCACCUCAUCACUGUGCCAUCGUCUACACUGGAUAACUGGGUCAGAGAGCUGAAGCUGUGGUGUCCAAGCCUCAAAGUUCUAGUUUAUUAUGGCUCUGUGGAGGACCGCAGCUACCUCAAACGUGACAUCUUAAAUAAAGAAGUUGAGUUUAACGUCAUUGUGACCACGUAUAACUUGGCCAUUGGAAACGACAGUGACCGCAGCCUUUUCCGUAAGCUGCGUCUGAAGUAUGCUGUGUUUGAUGAAGGUCACAUGCUGAAGAACAUGAACUCUCUGCGCUACCGCCACCUUAUGGCUAUUAACGCAGAGCAUCGCUUGUUGCUGACAGGAACUCCCUUACAGAACAACCUCUUAGAACUGAUGUCUCUCCUGAACUUCAUCAUGCCUUCUAUGUUCUCCAACUCUGCUACACAGCUCUCCAAAAUGUUUUCUAUGAAAUCCCACGAGGAGCAGAGCCGUUUUGAGAGGGAUCGUAUUUCUCAGGCCAGACUCAUCAUGAAGCCUUUUAUCCUCAGAAGAGUCAAGAACGAGGUCCUCAAGCAGCUGCCUGCCAAGGAAGAGAAAACAGAGUUCUGCUCAAUGAGUGAGAAACAGCAGGUUCUCUACCAGAAGCUCCUUAAAAAACUCAAGGCCUCCACCAAUGGCGAGAAGCGUGAACUGUGUAAUGUGAUGAUGCAGUUGAGGAAGAUGGCUAACCACCCUCUGCUUCACAGACAGUAUUUCACCACAGAGAAGCUCAAAGCCAUGAGCAAACUCAUGCUCAAGGAGCCAACUCACUUUGAUGCAGACGCUGCUCUGAUCCAGGAGGACAUGGAAGUGAUGUCAGACUUUGAGCUGCAUCGCCUGUGCCAGCAGUACUCUUCCAUCGGCUCCUACCAGCUUGAAACCAAUCUUCUGCUCGACUCCGGGAAGUUCCAUCACCUCACAGAGCUGCUGACCUCACUCAAGGACAAGGGAGACAGAGUGGUUUUAUUCAGUCAGUUCACCAUGAUGCUGGACAUUGUGGAAAUACUGCUGAGACAUCUCAAGCAUCGCUAUGUUAGACUGGAUGGAUCCACACCCAUAGCAGACAGGAUCGUGUUGAUUGAUGAGUUCAACACGGACCCUGACAUAUUUGUGUUCCUGUUGUCCACACGUGCCGGCGGCCUCGGCAUUAACCUCACUUCAGCUAAUGUUGUGAUCUUACAUGACAUUGACUGCAACCCCUACAAUGACAAACAGGCUGAGGACAGAUGUCACCGUGUAGGUCAGACCAGGACUGUGCAGGUCAUUAAACUGAUAAGUAAGGACAGCAUAGAGGAGUGUAUACUACAACUUGGCCAGAAGAAACUCAAACUGGAGCAGGACAUGACCACCGCUGAACAGGGUCGUGAGGGGAACAUACCUGAAGAUAUGGCAUCUUUGCUCAGAGCUUCACUGGGAAUGUGAUACACAAACAAGUGAAACUUGACUGUACAAAUACAUUUUUAAAGGCAUUUUUGUGAUUCUGGGCAGACUUGAGUGUUCGGAUCGAACACACACUUUAGUGUCUAUACUGGAAAAUUACUGAAAACCAUAUGCUGCCAUGAAACAAAAAACAUUCUGAUAUUGAGAUCUGUGUAGCGUGGUAGCUGUGCCUAAAACACUUUCUACAUGCCCACAGGUUUUGCUCUUACUUUGACCAAGUAACCAGUGUAUACAUAGGCUAGGCAAAAGUUUGCCUUUUAUAUAUUCAGCACUCCACAUGUUAUACGAGCGUCUCAUAUUGUAAAAAGAAUGUGGUGUUUUAGAAGACUGGCUGCAUUACUGGCAGUUCAAUGUUGGAGGACAGCAUUGAAUUUUUGAUACUCUGGAUUUUAUGACUGAAACAGUAUCAGACAGAGAAGUACCAUAAUUUAAGUAUACAUAAUCCAUGUCAGGUGGAUUCGGUCUUUUAUUAUGCACGAUCAAAUAAAGGUACUGUAUGCUAGUGAAGAUAUUGACGGGAAAAUCUUACCUUCAGUCUCUGAUAGAUAUUACAAAUUCUAUUAUGGAAAUUGUGCUU